GAGGCGGAGCGCGCGCGCGCCGAGCUCUUCUUCGAGGCGGAGGCGCGGCAGGAGGCAGCACUGGAGGCCGUCCAGCUGGCCGAGGCCGCCGCCAGGCGGGAGGCCGCGGACGAGCGCCGCGCCCAGCUGUCGUCGGAGCUCCAGCGCGAGCAGGCCGCCGCGAGCCGCUCGGCAGAGGGCCGGGCCCGCGAGCUCGCGCGGCUGGAGGGCGAGGCCUCGGCCCUCGCCGCGGGGCUGCAGGGCGCGGAGCUGCUGGCGCGGGAGCGCCGCCUGCAGGCGGAGGCCCGGGAGGACCGCGCGGCACACCUGCGCCUCGCGGCGGCCGCGCACGCGGAGGGCGCCGCCGCGGCGGGCGCCUCCCGCGAGCCCCUGAGGGCACGCUUGCGCGAGCUGCUCGAGGGCCUCGAGCAGCUCCAGGGCGCAUUCGUCAACGAGGUCGCCGCCCAGGAGCAGCGCUGGCUGGCGGAGGUCGCGGAGCGCGGCCGGGCCUGGGACCUCGAGCUCGCCGAGGCCGAGGCGGGCCUCGCCGCGGAGGGCCGCGGCCUGCGGCGCGAGGCGGCCGCCGCGCGCGGCAAGGAGGCGCGGAGCCUGGAGGCCGCCGAGCAGCGAGCCACGGACGCGGCCCGCGGGGCCCUUCUCGCGGCGCACGCGGCGGCUGGGCUCGCGACGCGCCACCGCCCUUGCGGGAGCUGCAGCAGCAGCUGCGCACGGACGAGGCACGCCUGGCGGACGUGGAGGCCGCGCGCGCUGCGCUCGAGGGCGCGUGCGAGUCCGCCGGCCAGGA